CGCGUGCGGCAAAAUACACACAUUUUAAGGAACAUUUUUGGUGAAGCAGAUCACAGUUAUACAAUGGCAACCCGUGGAAGCUUUCGUGAGCUUUUGAAGCCGUUGAUAUUUUACUCGAAACUAAUGGGUGUGGAAAUGUGGACGGCUCCGGGAAAAUUUCUGCCAGCAUCGUGCUAUUUAUCGGUUCAAAUGGCUAUUUACCUUAUCAGCACUGGAUUCACGGUAGCCAAGUACAGGCAUGAUCCACUGCACAUGAUGAAAGUUCUCGUUACGCUAGGUACGGCGUUGCAGCUUUAUGUAAAAUUUUUCGUAGCUCUUACAAAGGGGCACGAUGUGAAGCGGCUAACCGAGAAAAUAGAGCUCGAAGUGCUGGAGCGAUAUCAGAACGGAACGAAGGAAGAAAUCGCAGUACUCGAGCGAACUGGUCGCUACCUUUGGAUCAUCUUUCGAAUUAUGCGCCCACGGAUGGAUAAUGAAGCUAUUCGCAGUACUGCUACAGUUGCAGAUGUUUCGAUCGCCUAUCCAUAA